GGCUUGGCUGGAACCCUUUCAUGCCCGUGGUGAAUAGUUUCGAGUCCGAGUCACUGUAUCCGGAGUUUGGUUGUAAUACGUACUGGUCACGUGGUUGGCCUGGUUAUAGUGUCUCAUCGUCUGAGUUCGGGUUGUCCAUCGCUUUCCCAACUGCACUACAAUGAAGGCACUCAGUAUACUGCCUCUGCUAUGUUUCUCUGCUGUAUUAGCUGCACCAGCUGUAGAAGAGCAGCUCGCCUUUGGUGAUAUCUUGGACUAUGGCAGUUCACCAUUCGAGAGACUCCAGCAUCCAACAGUAAAGCACGUCCAAGAUGUACUGAAAGAAGGCGAGAAGACCAUUCACAAGUGGAUUGAACACGGGAAAUCAUUUGUGAAGGAGAAUGGGCUUACGUACGAACUGGUCCAACAUCCGCAGUUCACUGACUACCAACUGAGGGUUACCGAACCAAAGUUGUGUGACCCGAAAGUCAAGCAAUACUCUGGAUACCUUGAUAUCUCUGACGAUAAGCAUCUUUUCUUCUGGUUCUUCGAAUCUCGGACUUCACCUGAGGAUUCACCUCUUGUAAUGUGGCUGAAUGGAGGUCCCGGAUGCAGUUCGUCCACAGGACUGCUAUUCGAACUUGGUCCUUGCAACAUUGCCGAUGAAGGGACUAAUACAACGGUUAACCCCCACAGCUGGAAUUCUCAUGCGAACAUGAUUUUCCUCGAUCAACCCGUGAACGUUGGCUUCUCUUAUUCGGAAGAUGGAAGCUCUGUGAAUACCACUCCUGUGGCUGGCAAGGACGUUUACGCGUUCAUGCAGCUCUUCCUAAGCCGUUUCCCGGAGUAUUCCACGCUGCCUUUCCACGUUGCUGCGGAAAGCUAUGGCGGGCAGUAUGCUCCCCAUAUCGCCAGCGUGAUCCAUAACGAGAACAAGCAGAUCCCGUUCGCACCUACUCCAGGCCUUAUUAAAGUUAAUCUUGAGUCUAUUAUCAUGGGAAAUGGAAUUACAGAUAGCUAUGUUCAAUUUGCGUCGAUACCCGAAUACCUGUGCGAAGGACCAUACCCGAUCUUCAGUGACCCAGAUGGACCUGAAUGUACUGCACUCCGAAGCAAAGUGCCCACUUGUCAACGCCUCAUCAAAGCUUGUUACGAUUAUAACAACCGUCUCACUUGUGUUCCAGCAGCGCUGUACUGCAAUAGUCAGCUGUAUGCUCCAAUCCAACAAUCUGGCCUUAACCCAUACGAUGCUAGAAGGAAGUGCGAUCGUGAAACAGAUGGGCCAUUGUGCUACAAACAAAUGGGCUGGAUUGAGACCUGGAUGAACGACCCCGAGGUCAAGGCCGCGCUUGGUGUUAACCCACAACGCUCCUUUGAGUCUUGCAAUAUGGCAGUGAAUCAAGCCUUUUUGUUCCAAGGUGAUGGGGUACGCAACACUGUGUCGCUGAUUCCCGAAAUGAUCAACGAUGGAAUUCGUUUGUUGGUAUAUGCUGGCAAUGCUGAUAUGAUGUGCAACUACAUGGGUAACGAGGCUUGGGUUUCCCAGCUGGACACGGUAUUCCUAGACGAGUUCACGUCAUCUCCUGCGGAGAACUGGGUAACAAUGGCAUCUGGCAAGGUAGCCGGAACAGUGCGAAGUGCCGGAGGUGCUGGCUUUGGCGCUGGUAAUAUCACGUUUGUUACUGUGCACGAUGCAGGACAUAUGGUUCCCUAUGAUCAGCCAGAAGCUGCUUUAGAUCUGAUUACGAGGUGGAUCAUGGAUAUACCUCUCACCUUGAAUGUGGCAGACGUAAGUACCAUUCCCUUCGGCGGUUGGGCAUAAAUAGAACACGAGUCGUUCUCGACGUUACGGUUGUAUAAAUAAAUGUAGAAGACGCACGUUUAAGAUGGUGCGAUCUUGCGGAUGUUACAAUAUGCCUAUCUACAAACAAUACUAUCAAAUAUCGCAAUGGUCCAA